ACCUUGGUAUUCGUCGAUUGGUAUCACUUUCUCCGAUCACGUGACUGUUGACAAGACAAGAAACGACUUUUAUUACGUCCUUUUCGCAGUGAAAACGUGCAUGGCUCAAACACGAUGACGACCCAACAAAUUCAACCAAAGCGUGGAAUUGUCAAACAAGUCCUUUCCGGUGACUCCGUCAUCAUAAGAGGCUCCGUCGGCGCUCCACCACCCGAGAAAACUAUCGCAUUUUCGAGCAUCACCGCGCCGAAACUCGCCCGUCGCGGUACCGACUCAGUGGACGAGACCCGUGACGAACCUUGGGCGUGGGAAGCUCGCGAAUUUAUACGGAAGAAACUCGUAGGGGAAGAGGUAUGGUUUACGUCCGAGAAACCCGCGAAUUCUACCCGCGAGUACGGCACGGUGUAUUUGGGCAAAGAUUUCUCCUCGGCCGAAAAUGUCACCGAAUCCCUAGUGUCCGAAGGUCUGGUAACCGUAAGACGUGAAGGUAUCAAAACCACACCCGAGGUGACCCGACUGAUCGAAUUGGAAGAUGCGGCGCGAGCCAGUGGUAAAGGGAAGUGGUCGGGCAAUUCUGCGGAGCACGUGCGCGACAUCAAAUGGUCCAUUGAAAAUAUGCGCACGUUUAUCGAUAGGCAAUCGGGGAAGCCGAUCAAGGCAGUCAUCGAACACGUCCGUGACGGAUCGACGGUCCGCGCCUUUCUCCUCCCCGACUUCUAUCAUAUUACGUUAAUGAUUUCGGGAAUUAGGUGUCCCGGUUUUAAAUUGGAUGACAAGGGAAGACCGGAUCCGUCGAUUAAGGUCGCGUUCGCCGAGGAGGCUCGAUAUUUCGUCGAGGUUCGUCUGCUGCAGCGCGAUGUGGAGAUUAUUCUCGAGUCUGUCAACAAUAACAACUUCGUGGGGACAAUCGUGCAUCCGAAGGGAAACAUCGCCGAGGCACUUCUGAAGGAGGGUUUCGCGAGGUGCGUGGAUUGGUCCAUGGCGUUUAUGAAAUCGGGCGCCGAUAAGUUGCGUAGCGCCGAACGGAAAGCGAAAGAGGCUCGUUUGCGGCAGUGGAAGGACUAUCAGUCCACGUCGCCGCAGAUCACAGGUAAGGAGAAGGAGUUUAGCGGAACCGUGGUGGAGAUUAUGAACGGCGACGCUAUGUCUAUUAAACUUCCGACCGGCCAAGUCAAAAAAGUCUUCCUUUCGAGUAUUCGUCCGCCGAAGGAAUCCGGUCGCGCCGCUGAUGAGGAAGGUAAACUUCCAGCACGACCCAAAGGAUUUCGUCCUCUCUACGACAUUCCGUUCAUGCUUGAGGCGAGAGAAUUUUUACGCAAGAAACUAAUCGGGAAAAAGGUGAAUGUGGUAGUCGAUUACAUUCAAGAGGCGCGUGACACUUUUCCAGAGAAGAUUUGCGCAACCAUAACCAUCGGCGGAGUGAACGUAGGAGAAGCCUUGGUGUCGAAAGGAUUGGCCACUGUAAUACGUUAUCGGCCCGAUGAUGAUCAACGAAGCUCUCACUACGACGACCUUCUUUCUGCGGAAAACAAGGCCAUCAAAUCCCAGAAAGGCAUCCACGCCAAAAAAGACAUUCCUUCCCAACGAAUUUUUGACAUCGAUGCGGCGAAAGCGAAACAGUACUUUCCAUCGUUUCAAAGGGCGCAACGAGUGGACGCGAUCGUUGAAUUCGUCGCGAGCGGCUCGCGCAUGCGCCUUUUCAUACCGAAACAUCACUGCUUGUGCACCUUCCUUUUGGGCGGAAUUACCUGUCCGAGAGCCGCCCGUUCCGCUACCGUAACCGCGCCCGCGAGCGAAGCCGAGCCGUUCGGCGAGGACGCCCUGGCGUUUACCAAGGAACAUUGCAUGCAGCAUGAAGUUCAAAUACAGGUCGAGUCGCAGGACAAGGCGGGAAAUUUCAUUGGAGGUCUUUGGGUCGAUAACCUCAACAUAAAUGUCGCAUUAGUCGAAGAGGGAUUCGCCGCCGUACAUCCAACUGCCGACAAAUGCGAGUACAAUCGCCAACUGAAGAUUGCGGAGGAUAACGCUAAACAACAGAAAUUGAGGCGGUGGAAGGACUACGUCGAGGUACACGAAGAGGAGCAGCAAAGAAUCGCGGAGGAACAGCAGAAUUUGGAGCGAAAGCCCGCCUACGAAGAGGUCGUUGUAACCGAGGUGACCGCCGAGGGCACCAUUUUCGUUCAAAGCUGCCAACAGGGACCAAAAGUGGAGGCGCUUUACAUGAAAUUCAGGCAGGAAUUCAAAUCGAGCCCGCCUUUACCCGGCGCGUAUACGCCGAGACGUGGCGACAUUUGUGCAGCGAAGUUUGCCCUCGACAACGAGUGGUACAGAGCAAAGGUGGAGAAAAUUCAAGGACCAAUUAUCACCGUCUUUUAUAUCGAUUACGGUAACAGAGAGACUUUAAACGUUAGCAGUUUAGCAAGUUUACCCGCCGCUUACGCGAAUGAAAAACCGUUCGCCACCGAGUACUCGUUGGCGUGCGUCACUUUUCCUAAAGAUCCCGAAUAUCGCGAUCUCGCCAUCAAGUGCUUGCGCGAAGACACCAUCGGCACGCUGCUGUUGAACGUCGAGUAUCGCCCGCAAGGAUCGCCGCCCGCCGUUACUCUGCUCUCCGAAGGGCAAGAUCAGGAUUUAAUCAAGACUCUUGUCGGCGAGGGCUUGAUGUUCGUUGAGGAUAGACGGGAACGUCGUCUUAAAAGUUUGAUUUCAGAGUACAAAGCAGCUGAAGAGGAAGCUAGGAAGAAUCAUAGAAACAUUUGGGAAUACGGCGACUUUAGGGACGACGACGCUAAGGAAUUCGGGUUAAAUUAGUACGGGCUCGUCUCCCAGAACAGAGCAACGCUUACCUACUGCAUUAUCUUUAAGUUUUAGUUACGUUUCACUGAAAUUCAAUUUUCACGAACAUUGCCUUUUACGUACUACAGAGAAUUUAUUGUAUCAUAAUAUAGAAUAUCGAAAACCGUACUAGUCAUAUGACGAUAUGCGAUAAAAGACAACAGAUUUAUUUACAAUUCAUAUCAUUGUAAUUAUAUACAUUUACGCUGUUAUUUUAUACGAAUCCUCCGUACUAAUUAUUAUAUUUAUUAUGGUGAAAUUUUAAUUGUAUUUGUAAACGAUUUUUGCAACUUUGACGCGAGUUAUCUACAAAUUUGUUUUGUAAUUGUUCUUAUUGUGGUACCGGUUUCAUUGAUUAUACCUUGCCAAUUUAAAGGUGUGGAUGUAGGAUCUCGCUCUGUUUCAAUAAAUUAUAGAAAAAUUUA